UUUGUGUAAUACUUCGGUCAACAUGGAAGCUGUUCGGUUACAGUAAUUUUUGGCGCGGGUUAUUGUUACGAUCAUGGCACAAAACACGGAAAUUCAAGAGCUGUUUCUUACAUAACAGUUAAAAUGGGGACGGGAGCUAUCGGAUAACCAUUUCCGAUUAUAUCCAUCUAGGAUUUAUACUCGAAAUCUCUCACGAUUUAAUCUGAUACACCGAUAAGACAGGAUGAAGCCCAACACAUAAAAGGUCCAAAUGAAAAUGAACGGAGAGACUCCCAGUGUUCCCAUAACCACCCUGGCAGGCAUAUCUAGUCUAACAGACUUGUUGCCGCAACUGCCGUUGCCAACACCCCUUCCGCAGACUAUGCAUAACAAAAGUUUGUUGUAUAGUUCCACGAUUGCAGACGAUGCAAAGAGAAUUAUCUCAGUGCGGAGUGAGGGGUUGGCAAAGCAACUGGCACAAGCUCUACGGCAGACUUCAACAAACCAUAUAGAGUUGAAGGACACCUUGGUGGGGGACUCUAUAGAGGGAGAUGUGCCACCUUUAUUAAAAGCUGUCUUUCUAAACGAUCCUCAGGUCUUUUGUGGGAGAAAUCUCUAUGAUGGGGUGAAUACUAACUUGUCACAGGAUUUGCAACAGCAUGGACAAAAUUUUGUACAGUCAUCUCAAUACUCGUCAUCUUCAUCUCGUGUUAGUCAACAAAAUGAUACAUCAAGAAUUUCAAAUUCCCAAUCAUCACGGUUUUCAAAUCAGAAUCAGAAUAAUUCAUAUUCACCAAGUAACUCCAGCCAUUUUCAACAAGAGUUCAACUCAUUUUCAAGAAACUCAUAUUCAAAUUCAGCAACAAUUAAUGGGGACUGUUAUCUUUCUGAUGGUCCACUUCAUCCUGCUGAUCCACAUAGGGGACGAAUAAACCACAAAGAACAAAACAAGAUGACAGUCUCAUCCCCUGCUCAAGCAACCUCAGCAGACAGACUUACCAGCCAGCAAGUUACACAGCAACCUUCAUCGUCAGUGCCAAUUACAAAUAUGGACAGUGAUUUAACACGUUCUAAUCGGAGACGCUCUUCGAGCAGACAUUGUGAACCUUCUGUUUCUUUAGAUGACAUAGAACCAAGUAUAAUGUCAUCAUCACGGACAUCAAUAAAUAAGGAUGGUGAUUCUAGGUUGCAGAAAAAGACAUCCGGAAAAAAUGAACCAGUUGUGCUUCUUGAAAUGCUUGAUAUGAAAAGAAACUUAAGAAGUAGAGGGAAAAAAACAAAUCCAAGAAAAUCUGUAACUCAGAAAAAGGCAAACAGGAAGAAAGCUGUUAAAUUUGAAGAAACCAUUGUUCAGAAAAAAGAGAAUAUGAAACAAGAAAGAGAAAUUGAAAACAAUUUAGUGAUGACAUUACAGUCCAUAGCCACAGGGGGAUCAGUUGCAGAUGAUACACCUAUUAAUGGAAAGCCUGAUGAUAGUGGUCCUCAAGUCAAAGCAGUGGCAGAUUCAGAUUCUCGGAAAAGACGGAAAAAUAUGACACGAGAUGCAGAUGGAUUACACUUUAAUGUUUCUCGUUCAAAUGAUGAGAGGGGAUUUUCAGCACGAUUGUCUCAUCAUCGGAGAGGCGGGGAGGAUGAACGACAAAGAGGAUCAAAACGAGGAAGAGGAAGGUAUUCUGAAUCUGAAAGUGAAGAAGAUAUUUACAUGGAAAUUCCAGAGGAAGAUGAAGAAACAUAUGCUGCCAAGAAACGGAAGAAGGAGAAGAAGCAAAAGCGCCAUGUACACCACACCUUGACUGUAGAGGAGUUGCUGGAGAGUCCGACCUUCAAGAAAUUCAGCAGUUGUAUGGACUAUGUCUUUGACAGUGCUGAAGAAGUCAACUUUGCCAGUAUUGAUCCAAAUGAUGAAGAACAAGAGUGUCCUACAGAAUCUCUGAUAGCAAAAGGAGUAUUGGGAGACAUCUGUGGAGAGGCAGCCAAAUUGAAAACAAUGGGGGUCAUGAAUCAGAUUCCUCCUGACAGACUGGUGAAACUUCUGACCAUCUUACAGUGGAAUAUCCGUGAUGGAAUCAAGGUUUCACCAAAUAUCAGCCAGGAUGAAGAUGGGGAAGAUGAGCAGAGACUGUGGCGAGAACUGACAAUGGAGAGAAUAAUGAGGAGCAUGGAUGCCUCAUUAUCUGCCAUAUUUGUGAUGACAUCGAGAGACAUGCCCAAACACGUGUACUUAGAAGAUGUCAUUGACAGGAUCAUUCUGUUUGGGAAAUACCAGCUUGCUAAUACUGUCUACCCAGAGUUUGAUCCAGUGUACAAACUUGAUCCGAAUGCAAAAGAUGGAUACCAUGGUAGUUUAAAGGCCAAGAGAGCUCGGGCCGGCACAGUAAAACACAAAUCAACCAUCACUCUCUACAAUAAGCUCUGUGAGCUUGUCAACAAUCUUGCUGGACUGUUGGAAAUACAGGAACUCACAGACACUGUUAUUCUACAGGUCUCUUCACUUGGUGUGUCCACCUUCUUUGUGGAAAACAUCAGUGAGCUGCAACUUAGUGCUAUGAAGCUUGUCACAACGGUAUUUUCGCGAUAUGACAAGCAUCGUCAACUUAUCCUAGAAGACAUCUUUGCCAGUUUAGCCAGGCUUCCAUCAAGUAAAAGAAACCUUCGAAACUACAGACUCAACUCAGAAGAAUCUAUACAGAUGGUAACAGCCCUUGCUCUACAAUUAAUUCAAUGUGUUGUGAGACUUCCUACCAAGAUUAGCAGUCAAGAAGACCAGCAACAAGAAGAUACCCCAGGAAAGAAAAAGAAGAAUGGAAAGACUGAUGAAGAAAUUGUUAUUGUCACAUCAUAUGAAACAGCCAUGCGGACUGGCUAUAACUUCCUCUCAGUUUUCUUGAAGAAGUGUACAACAAAGGGAGAGGAGGACUACCGUCCGUUGUUUGAGAACUUUGUGCAGGAUCUGCUCGCCACUGUCAACAAACCUGAAUGGCCUGCAUCAGAAUUACUUCUCAGUUUGCUGGGUAGAAUUCUUGUUCAGCAAUUCAGCAACAAAUCUACAGAUAUGUCUCUCAGGGUAGCUUCUUUAGAAUAUCUGGGAAUUGUUGCCGCGAGAUUGCGGAAGGAUGCUGUCACUAGUCACCUGAAUCAGGAAAUGAUUGAUGAUAUUGUCGACAAGGUGAAUGAGAGUGAUGAUGAAGAUCAUACAACUAGAAGCAAGAAAAAGAAAGUGCCCGUUGAUACAACACAGAGCUUCCAGGAAGCCAUGCUGCAGUACCUGGCACACAAUGCUGAAAAUGAUCCUUCAUUAUUGUUUGCUCGUCAGUUCUACAUGGCUCAGUGGUUCCGAGACUCCUCAGUAGAAGCAGAAAAAACCAUGGCCACUCAGGCCAAAGCUGAAGAGGACUUCGAUGAGACAGAAGCAGAGAGGUCAACUGAAGUGAUGCAGAAUGUGGAGAAGAGAAAGAUCUUCCUCCUAAAUCAAGUUGCAAUAAUGUCCAAAUUUUUGUCCAAUAGCAAACCUGCGCCAAGCAAACUUGACUAUGAUAGUGCCUGUCUUGUUGCAAGGUACCUCUCAUCUAAACGCCCUUUUGCACAAAGUUUUGAUGUCUACUUGACACAGAUCCUGAAGGUGUUAAGUGAGACUGCAGUGGCUGUGAGAACCAAGGCAAUGAAGUGCUUGACAGCAGUAGUAGAAGCUGAUCCAGGGAUCCUAGCUAGGUCAGACAUGCAAAGAGGUGUCCAUGGUCGAUUCCUCGAUCAGUCAACAUCUGUACGAGAAGCUGCCAUUGAACUUGUUGGCAAGUUCAUCCUUAUCCGUCCUGAACUCAUUCCAAAAUAUUAUGACAUGUUGUCAGAAAGAAUACUGGACACUGGUAUCAGUGUACGGAAACGAGUGAUCAAGAUCUUCAAGGACAUCUGUAUAGAGCAGCCAGACAACACCAAAAUACCUGAGAUGUGUGUCAAGAUGAUCCGUAGGGUGAAUGAUGAAGAAGGAAUCAAAAAACUCAUCAAUGAAGUUUUCCAAAGUAUGUGGUUUUCACCUCUACCAUCCAGAGAAAAAGAUCCAACUAGGCUUGUCCAGAGAGUGAUGAAUAUUUCCGAUGUGGUUGCAGCCUGUAAGGAUACAGGAUAUGACUUCUUUGAGCAAAUGUUGGAAAAUUUGCUGAAGAAAGAUGAGAAUGGUCAGAUCAACAAAAGUGCUCUUCUUGCCUGUAAACAGAUAGUAGACUGUUUGGUGGAAAAUGUGUUGAGGAUUGAAGAAAAAGGUGUUGAAUUAACUGAGGGCCGAACCACCAGCAGUCGAUUAGUGGCAUGCCUGUCAACAUUGUAUUUAUUCAGCAAGAUCAAACCAGACCUGAUGAUCAACCAUGCGACAACAUUGCAGCCAUAUCUGGAUAUCAAGUGCAGUACUCAGGGAGACUAUCUUGUGUUACACUAUGUUGCACGGAUCCUGGAACUGGUGGUGCCACUCAUGGAUCAUCCGAGUGAAACCUUCCUAGCUCAGCUGGAGGAGGACAUGAUGAAACUUGUACUCAAACAUGGCAUGAUGGUGCUUCAAAGCUGUGUUAGCUGUCUUGGUGCAGUGGUUAACAAUGUUAGUCACAAUUAUCAGCUGGUGAAGGACUGUUUCCAAAAGUUCUUUGGUGUGUUGACUAAGCUCAUGGCAGAUCAUAAGGAUGAUCCGCACAAUCCCACGUUAAAGAGUCGACGUCCAACCUUACUGAGAUCUCUCUAUACUGUGGGCUUGCUGUGUAAACACUUUGACUUCGACUCACCAGAUAUGGGUGAAACAAAGGUGAAUGUGAAAGAGCGAGUGUUCAAUGUACUGUUAUACUUCAUGUAUCAUGAGGAUGAAGAUGUCACUCACAAAGCCCUCACAGCUUUAGGGUUCAUGGUGUCUCGGCAUUAUGAGUUCAUGCUGGGGAAGACCAUGAGGGAUCUGUAUUACCGUUUCCUAACUGGAGAAGAGGAGCCAGUCAAACUGAGGUGUCAGGUACUAAGAAAUCUACAAAACUAUCUCAUAGAGGAGGAGUUUAGGAUGGAGAAAGCUGAUGCUGAAUGGAGGAAACACGCUAAAGAGGAGGAUCUCAAAGAAAUGGGUGAUGUCCAGUCAGGAAUGGCAAGUACAAUUAUGCAAGUGUACUUGAAGCAGGUCCUUGAAUCCUUCUUCCAUGAACAGGCCCAGAAUCGCCUGGCAGCUCUUGGUGUUGUAAUUCUCAUCCUCAAGCAGGGGCUUGUGCAUCCUGUACAGUGUGUGCCAUAUCUCAUUAGCAUGAGUUCUGAUCCUGAGGCAGCAAUAAGAAUAAAAGCAGAUCAGCAACUGGAAGAGAUUGAGAAGAAGUACCCUGGUUUCACCCAUAUGAAAGCUCUUCAGGGACUGAAGGCUUCCUUCAGGCUGCAGGAGGUGCUAAAUAGAAACGCUGAAGGUCCAAUCCGUGGAAUCCGCAACCAUGAUGACAACAACCCUCAGAGCCUUAAUGCAUUCCUCUAUACAGUUCUCCGCCCCAACAGACAAUAUCGGCGUGGUCUUUUAACAUCACUUCUCAACCUCUUUGAUGACUCCGCACGUGUGAGUUUGAAGGAGCAAGUGUACAUAGCAGACAACCUGGCCUUCUUCAACUACCAGACACAAGAUGAACCUCUCUUCAUCAUUCACCACAUUGAUGUCAUCGUAUCAGUCACAGGAUCCAAUCUCUUGCAGUCAUUCAGGGAGGCAUUGAAUCCCAAGAAAAUACCCGCAGAAGAAGAGACGGAAGGAAAAGAGAUUGAAAUACCAAAACCUCAUACAGAAGAUGACGAUGAUGAUGAUCCAGAGUCGUUACUCAAAAAGUUACCAUCAGAGAUCAAGCCCUUGCAAGAUAUCAUCAAUCUGUCUCAAGGCUGUGUAUUAUUGCUUGUCAUGAAGCAGCAUCUCAAGGACAUGUUUGGCUUCACAGACAGCAAAAUCUACAAGUAUUCACCGACAGAAUCUGCAAAGACAUAUGACAAGCCACUCAACCGGAAGCAGGUUGUUAAGUUCAACCCAACCCACACCCUGGAGGUGCUGGUAAACAGGGAGAAAGAGAAGGAAGAUGACAUCGAUGAAGAGGCAAAGAAGCAGAAACUUGUUGAUGAUUACCUUGAGUUCCGUGACUUGAUGAUGAGUAUUGAUCCAAUGGAUGAAGAUGACAGUGGUGAUGAGAAGAGCUCUGGCCGUGGCACGCCAGUACCAGGUGGUCGCCAAGGAGACGGGUCAGAAGUGGUUCCUAUGGAAGGGGGAGGGCGGGGUUCCACUUGGUCCAGGUGGUGAUGGGGCAGCUACACCAUCAGGAAGCAAUGAGGGAUCAGUUCCAUCAUCUGCAUAUUCAUAUGCCUACAUCCAACGACCCAGCAAACUCCCACCAGAGAAGAAAAAGCGUACACAUACACCUAGGGCACCACGCACACCAAAGACUCCUACAGUGAAGAAAGAAAAAAGGAAAAAGAAGCGACGUAGGCGUAUGAGUGAUAAUGAAGAUGAUGAAAGUGAUGACGAUCCCGAUUUUGUGUUGUAAAUAUCGUUUCUGACACCAACCAGUAGAGGGUUUUAGUUAUCUAUCAUUGCGUGUUUUACUGUUUUACAUUGUAAAUACUUUGGUAGAAAAUAAUGUUAUUCAUCUGUUCAGCUGCUGCUAUACCUGUUACAACAUGAGAUGUAUUUAAACAUUAUCUUCAAGCUCACCUUUUGAAAGGAUGGAUUGGAGGGUUUUUAAGAAGGAUGACAUUUUAUGAAGCAUUAGCUUGUAAAUUGCCCGCAUCAUUUAUAAGUCUCAUCUUGUCAUUAUUUUUCACCGGUCAUCCUUUUUAGUGUAUAUUCAGGUUUUUCAUGUAUAUUUAUUGAUAAGGUUUUAUAUUUCAAAGAAUUCAUGUUUGAGUGCAUUGUCCAUGCUGUUUUAAUCCUGUCAGAUAUUCAUCCUAAACUUCAUAUCCCCACAUGACAACAAAAUGGAUUAACACUUAUAGAGAAGUCUGCCAUGAAUAAAGAUGAAUGUUAUUUAAAUAAGA